GCUAUUGAGCAGCAUUUAUACUGGCUUGUUCGCGUUAAGAUGUUGGCGGCUGCAAGACCGCGCGUUUUCUUGUCCAAAGGCUUUUAGAACACCGCGCAUGAACAGUGAAAUGACGGGUGGUGUCCAAACAUUUAGCGACCUUCGCGUGGCGCUGGUGCACCCGGACACUGGCGCGAUUGCGUGGGACGCGGCACAUGGGGGCUGCAAGCUUACAAUUCGUUCGGGAUUCCAGGGCGCACCCCAGCUGACGUUGGAGCAGGCGAAUGGCGGAUCUAUCAUGCAAUGCAUCCUCUCGGCCCGCGCGGCGUGGCGUGCCGGGCCCACCCUCUUCUUUCUGAGCCCCCUCCCCGGCGGCGCCGGCGGAGCUCUGUAUGCCGUGCAGUGCUGCAGUAGCAGCAACAACAGCAGCGGCAGCGGCAGUAGCAGCCACGGCGACAGCGGCAGUAGCAGCAGCGGCGGCGGGCGGGCGGCGGCCGACCAGCUUCAAGCCGCGCUUGACGCCGCGCUGGCAACAGCGGCGGCGGCGGUGGCGGCGGCGGCGGCGAUGGAUGACGGGAACCAUGCCUGUGGUGGCGGCGGCGCGGGUGGCGCUGGGGGGCGGCGGAAUCUCCACGCCGCCGCCGCCGCCGGCGGCACCAACGGGACCGCUGGGGCGGCGGCGGCGGCGGCGGCGGAGGGGCUAGCGGCCGCCGGCGAGGGAGCGGGGCCGGGGCCGGGGCCGCCGCAGCCGCCGGCGGCAGUGCGCGCGCGCAGCCCCUACCACGCACCACACGCCGACGGCGCCGGCGGGCGCCCCGGCGCCGCUGGCAGCAAGCGCGCCGCCGCGGACCUCUCCCCUCUCGCUACAGCCGGCGGCGCCAGCGGUGGCGCGGCUACAGCCGCUGCCAAGUCGGGCGGGGGCGGUAACGCCAAUGCCUUUGACGCCAAGACCGAUCGGGCCAGUUCAGACAUGUACUUCCACUACUACGGCCAGUUGCAGCACCAGCAGAACAUGCUGCAGGACUACACUCGCACUGGCACCUACUACAGCGCCAUUGUUGGCAACCCGGCGGACUUCGCGGGGCGGGUGGUGAUGGACGUGGGCGCAGGCUCCGGCAUUCUGUCCCUGUUCGCGGCGCAGGCCGGCGCGGCGCGGGUGUAUGCGGUGGAGGCGAGUGGUGCGGCGAGGUGGGCGGCGGCGCUGGCGGCGGCGAACCCGGCCGUGGGGGGCGUGAUAAAGGUGCUCAACAAGCGAGUGGACGUGCUUGUGUCUGAGCCCAUGGGGACCCUGUUGCUCAACGAGCGCAUGAUUGAGUCCUACCUGCACGCCCGGGACCGCUUCCUCAAACCCGGCGGCAAGAUGUUUCCCUGCCUGGGCCGCAUCCACGCAGCCGCCUUCUCGGACGCGCUGCUUCAUGCCGAGGUGGGUGCCAAGGCGGCCUUCUGGCAGCAGCCAGCCUUCUACGGCGUGGACCUCACAGCCCUGCACCGCCCAGCCGUGGAGGGCUACUUCGGGCAGGGGAUGUGGCACGUGAAAUCUCCGCUGCACCGCCCAGCCGUGGAGGGCUACUUCGGGCAGGUAGUGGUAGACGCCUUUGACCCCGGGAUCCUGGUGACAGACGUGGCGAGCCUGGCCCUGGAUUUUGGAUCCAUGCCGGAAUCCGAUCUGCUCAAAGUGGAUCUGCCCCUCAAACUCACGAUCCAGCCCGCCGCCGCCGCCGCCGCGGUCGCCUCCCACGCGGCGGCGGCGGCGGCCGCGGCGGCGGCGGUGGUGGGAACGGCGGCGGCGGCGGCGGAUGGCGGCGCGGCGGCAGCGGCGGCGGCGGCGGCGGCGUCUAUGGUGGGCGCGGCGGCGCCGCCGGGAAUGGUUGCUAUCCAUGGACUGGCGUGCUGGUUUGACGUCUUCUUCGCCGGCUCCCAACUGCCCGUGUGGUUGACCACUGCUCCCGGCAUGCCCACCACACACUGGUUCCAACUGAGGUGUGUGCUGCCCACACCGCUGCUGGUGCCGCUGCCGCCGACUACUACGGCCGCCUCUGCGCCGCCCGCUGGCAUGGCGGCACACACCGGCAGCGCACACCCACACCCACACCCGCCACUGCCGCCGCCGCCGGCGGCCCCUGUGGUGCUCAGCGGCCGGCUUCGCAUGGUGGCGCACGAGCGGCAGUCGUACGACAUUGAGCUGGCACUGGGGCUGGGCGAGGGACACGAAGGCGGAGACACCAGCGCGGCAGCCGGGGCGGCAGUAGCAGGGGCAGCAGCAGGAGGGGCGGCAGUAGCAGGGGCAGCAGCAGGGGCGCCGGGGCAGAGCACUGCAGUCGGCACGGGCACGGGCGGUGCGGUCUACACGGCUACGGGCAAGGGCCAGGUGUGCUACGGGCGGUACGACCUCAAGGAGCCGUACUACAGGCAGCUCACGCCCUACGGUGCGGCGGCGGCGGCGGCGGCAACGCUGGGUGUGACGGCCGCCACGGGCACCGCGGGAGGCGGCGCUGGUGACGGUGCCGUGGCGGCUGCGGACGGCAGCGCGGGUGCUGCGGCGGCAGGCGGCGGCGCCUGGGCGGGCUGGGCGGCGGCGGGCGGCGUUGCGGUGUGAUUUGUGAUGGCGCGGGUGCUUGCUCAUACCACAUGUCGGUUAGGGUGCGGCAUGCGGCUUGCGGUUACUUGCAUGUUGGUUGCUUGCAACGGGGUGCUUGAUGCAAAGUAAAAGGCAGGAUUGCGGCUCGCUGCAUUGCAUGUUUGCAUAGCAGGAACGUUGGGGUGGGGAUGCGGAAUGCGGCAGCGGCGGCGGCGGCGCUGUGAGACUACCGUACGAAGGCAGUUGGUGUCGCUGCCAGUGCGAAGUGUGGCCUAGUAGUUACCAAUUCCAACUUGGUAGGGGAAAACAGUUGGAUUGCUUGCUGCGUACCAUAAUGGCAUUGCGUCGCAUAGGCUGCAGCGUGGGCAGUGGCGUGGGCUGUUUUGUGGGCCUUGAGGCUUACGCCCCGACCAGGAUGGAGUUGGGGUUGGGAUUGGGGCCGCAGCUGUGGCUUACGUCCGCGGCGGCGCACGCGUACAGCUAGCUAGCUAUCUACGGGCAGCUGUAGUCGUGUGCCCGACAUACCGUGUGUACAAAUGCCAUACACACGUGCUUGGGGGAUGAGUAAUACCAUUAUUCGUUCUCGCGUGCGGCGCGUUGGAAUUGAUGGUUGGCGCGUGUGCAGGCAGCCUGCAACUUCACUACCUUGUUGAUGAUUUGAUGGGACAAUCCAUCAGGGGUUGGGGGUGGAAGAGGUAGGGAUGCACGCUUGGCCUGCACCGCUUCAGUUAUGUUGGCCGUGACGUACGACGCCUCUGCUUUGUGACGCUGGGCCCGCUGCGGCAGGGGUGCUCAGAGCUCUGUAGCAGGAACACCGGUAACAGGACUUGAUGACUAGCCAGGGACUGCUUGCUGAGUUAUCGUGGAGCUAUGUGGAUUCACCCGCCACCAGCUGCCAUUGAUGGGUGCCCUUGCGUGCGACUAGUUAGAGUAACUCUCCAAGUGAGGCAAAACUUGUUUCCAUCUGGCUUCAAGCUUGCCGGUGGUGGUAUUGGUAUCGGUGGUAUUGACGGGGCCUGUUACAGUUACGUGCGCCGCAGCUGACUGCUCGAUGUAAUGCAAAUCUGCA